AUGGCCUUCUACGGGAACAAGAGAAGGCGCCAUCAGCAGCAGCGACCAACUCAGGAUUCUCGCCCUAAUGUUGAGUUCAAAUUUGAUGAGGAGUUGUACAGAUUAAAUUACGCUGCUUCUGAUAAGCUCAGGAGAAAGAUUUUGUCUGAGUUUUCGGUGGAAUCCCACGAGAUUCCCCCAAGUGUGUACAAGAAGACCGCAAAGCUCGAGGUGGUCAGUCAAACGUGGAAACCCAGGGCCUAUUCGACUCCCAGGUGCUUUUACUGCUCCCUGAAACACAACUUUGCAAACUGCGUCAUUUCGAGUUCGAAUUCAGUCACUCUGAUUCUUGACGGCCUCAAGAACUGUAUUCUGGAGCACCAGCUGGUGCUAGUCUCGAACUCGCACGUGCAGAACACACUGUACCUGGAUGACAACGCGUACACGGAGCUUCGGAAUUACCAGAAGACGCUCGUGCACAUGUUCCAGCAGAUGAACAGGUGUGUGAUCUUCGUGGAGACGUCGAUGAACGACCGGAGUCUGAAGGACUCGGAGCACGAUCAGGACGUUAGGAGACUUAAGUCAAACACCUACGAAAACGACUACUUUGAAUCCAGCGGAACUAGUCGUCUUGAUGCCGGGACGUACCGGUCGAAGGCCAUGGACAACGACGACCGGCACAAUCCCAGGGAUGGCAGCAAUGACGACCGCAUAUUUAAACAUCGGCACGGCAACGACCGGCAGCAGCCCGGCUCUCAGCCCACCAAUCACUGCAAAAUAGAGUGCUUUCCGAUUCCCCUGGACUACUUCGAGGAGGCCAGGAUGUACUUUACUAAGGCCCUGGACGAGAUGGGCCCCUCCUGGUCCCAGAACAAGAAGAUGGCCAUCACCGGCAAGACUGGAGUCAGGGGCUCCAUUCCCCAGGGGUUCGACUACAUCCACGUGGACUUCUCCCUCUCGGGGGAGGCAGUCGCCUGCGUCAUCGAGGACCCCUCCAGACUCAGGUACACCUUCGCCAGGAACAUCGUCGCCGGCGUCCUAAACAUGGACCAGCUGGAGAGGGCCUUUAGGGACAGUGAUGACUACAGCCGGGGCCUAAAUAACAUCAGAAAGCUCUAUAAGGACUUCGACUGGACGGCGUCCAGUUAA